UAUUUUAUUACGGAAUUUCAAGCUUAUUGAAACACAGCUUAUAUGACAAUGUUCAUUAAUGCAUAGACCAAAGCCUAAGAAUGUAGACUGGCUAUACACCAAAAGAGGGGUGUGUGUGUGUGUAGUAGAAUUGACAAAGAAUGAGAUCAAGAAACUGAAAAUGUUUCUAUGCUGGAUGGAAAUGCUAGGUAAUGAGCAAAAGUUACCAGAUAUUUCCACUACGGCUGCAAAAUGAAUGGACUCCUGAAGAAACACCCAAUCGAACAAAAACAGUAAAAAAAGAACCCAUGAUCCCAGCUUUUAAAUGCAGAAGACUACAGGAGAAUUCUAGUAAGAGUAUAUAUCCUGACUCUGAAAAGAGAUUUAAUGGUAACUUAAUGUCUAGUUUUAUUUACUCCUGUUGUUGCCUUCCGGUUGAUUCUGACUCAUGGUGACCCCUUGUGUGCAGAGUAGAACUGCUCCAUAGGGUUCUCAAGGCUGUGCCCUUUCAGAAGCAGAUCACCACGUCUGUCUUCCGAGUCACCUCUGGAUGGGUUCCGUUCAACUAGCAGUCGAGCGCUUAACUGUUUGUGCCACUCAGGGACUCCUUAUUUACUCCUAGGCCAUAGCAAACUCUGUAUGGGGGCACAUAACAUGGAUUGCUGCAUAAUUCAAGAACAAUAGUAAGAAGACAAAAAGUAUGUCACCUGAUGAGUUUGGUGUUUUAGUUGAGUGAUGGAGUAAAGCCACAGAUUCAUGUUCUGGAAUAUCUAACAUGAGUGUGGUUAAGGACCAAACAUAAGGAAACCCAGCUGAGCAAGACUGAUUGUCAUUCAUACAUUCAGCCAACAUUAAUUGAGCUCCAACUACAUGCUCAACACUGUACCAGACAGGAUAGGACAAAAUCUGUUCCAAUGAGGAACUUACAACCCAGUUAGAAAAACAUGUCUCAUUCAUGUAUGAAAACAUAAAUAACAAUAUGAGGCAAUACAUUAUUGCCAAAUGAUGCAAACAGCUAUGGUUUACUAGGUACUUCCCUACCGGCCAGUCAUGCUGCUAAGUGCUUUAUAUUAUCCUCUUGAUCUUCAUAGCCUCCCUAUGAGUCUCGACCUCUUCGGCCCCCAACCCGAGAGCCGCCCUAGGCUGUGCGUGUCUGGGAACCAGGUCCGCUCGGGCGUCUCCGCUCAGCGCAGCAGGUCGGGCGCCCCCGCCCCGGAGCAUCGGGAAUAUGCGGAGCAGGAGCAAUUCCGGGGUCCGCCUGGACGGGUACGCGCGGCUGGUGCAGCAAACCAUCCUUUGUUAUCAGAAUCCUGUCACGGGGCUGCUGUCAGCUAGCCAUGAGCAGAAGGAUGCCUGGGUGCGGGACAACAUCUACAGCAUCCUGGCCGUGUGGGGCCUAGGAAUGGCCUAUCGCAAGAAUGCCGACCGUGACGAGGACAAGGCCAAGGCCUAUGAGCUGGAACAGAAUGUGGUGAAGCUGAUGCGGGGGCUUCUCCAGUGCAUGAUGAGACAGGUGGAUAAGGUGGAGAAGUUCAAGCACACACAGAGUACCAAGGACAGCCUACACGCCAAGUACAACACCGCCACCUUCAGCACUGUGGUGGGCGACGACCAGUGGGGCCACCUCCAGGUGGAUGCCACCUCCCUCUUCCUCCUCUUCCUGGCCCAGAUGACUGCCUCAGGCUUACGUAUUAUUUUCACCCUCGAUGAGGUGGCCUUCGUACAGAAUCUUGUUUUUUACAUAGAAGCUGCAUAUAAAGUCGCUGAUUAUGGCAUGUGGGAACGUGGAGAUAAGACGAACCAGGGCAUACCGGAAUUGAAUGCAAGCUCUGUUGGAAUGGCCAAGGCAGCACUUGAGGCAAUUGAUGAACUGGACCUUUUUGGAGCUCAUGGAGGACGCAAGUCAGUGAUCCAUGUCCUGCCAGAUGAGGUCGAGCAUUGCCAGUCCAUCCUGUUCUCCAUGUUGCCAAGAGCAUCGACGUCUAAAGAGAUUGAUGCUGGGCUGCUUUCCAUUAUUUCUUUCCCAGCCUUUGCAGUGGAAGAUGCGACCCUUGUACAUGUGACCAAAAAUGAAAUUAUUUCCAAGCUACAGGGCCGUUAUGGAUGUUGCCGCUUCCUUCGAGAUGGUUAUAAAACCCCAAGAGAGGACCCAAACCGAUUGCAUUAUGAUCCUGCGGAACUCAAACUCUUUGAAAACAUCGAAUGUGAAUGGCCUGUGUUCUGGACAUAUUUCAUAAUUGACGGAGUCUUCAACGGGGACGCCAUUCAGGUCCAAGAGUACCGAGAAGCCCUGGAGGGAAUAUUAAUCAGAGGCAAGAACGGGAUCCACUUGGUGCCGGAACUGUAUGCCAUUCCGCCUAACAAGGUGGACGAAGAGUAUAAGAACCCUCACACAGUGGACAGAGUGCCUCUGGGGAAGCUGCCCCAUCUCUGGGGUCAGUCCUUGUACAUCCUCAGCUCACUGUUGGCAGAGGGAUUUCUUGCCACCGGUGAAAUUGAUCCCCUAAAUAGAAGAUUUUCCACUUCAGUCAAACCUGAUGUCGUAGUACAAGUCACUGUUUUGGCAGAAAACAGUCACAUUAAGGAGUUGUUGAAGAAACAUGGGAUAAGCAUUCAGAGUAUUGCCGACAUUCGUCCGAUUCGGGUCCAGCCUGGCCGGAUUCUGAGCCACUUAUAUGCCAAGCUCGGACGCAACAAGAAUAUGAAAUUGAGUGGGAGACCGUAUCGGCACAUUGGUGUCCUUGGCACGUCUAAACUCUAUGUGAUUAGAAACCAGAUCUUUACUUUUACACCCCAGUUCACCGACCAGCAUCACUUCUACCUGGCCCUGGACAACGAGAUGAUCGUGGAGAUGCUGCGGAUCGAGCUGGCCUACCUGUGCACCUGCUGGCGGAUGACGGGCAGACCCACACUCACCUUCCCCAUCACCCACACCAUGCUCACAAAUGAUGGCACCGACAUUCAUUCUGCAGUUCUUUCUACAAUUAGAAAACUAGAAGAUGGCUAUUUUGGAGGAGCGAGAGUGAAAUUAGGGAACCUUGCAGAAUUUCUCACCACCUCAUUCUAUACGUACCUGACCUUCCUGGAUCCUGACUGUGACGAGAAGUUGUUUGAUGAUGCCAGUGAAGGAAGCUUCAGUCCUGACAGUGAUUCGGAUAUAGGAGGGUAUUUAGAAGAUACCUGUAAUCAAGUUACAGAAAGCCAAGAUGAACUGGACCAGUAUAUCAACCACCUGCUGCAAAGCACGUCUUCGAAGUGCUAUCUGCCCCCUCUUUGUAAGAAGACAGAGGACCGCCAUGUUUUCAGUGCCAUCCACUCCACUCGGGAUAUACUUUCCGUCAUGGCAAAAGCAAAGGGUUUGGAAAUUCCGUUUGUUCCCAUGGCUUUGCCAACUAAAGUUAUGAGUACCCAUCGUAAAUCACUGAAUCUUGUUGAUUCUCCUCAGCCACUCCUAAAAAAGGCUCCCGAAGGUGAUUUCCAGUGGCCCCGAGAUGACCAUGGUGAUGUGGACUGUGAGAAGCUGGUUGAGCAGCUGAAAGAUUGUUCAAACCUACAGGACCAAGCAGACAUCUUGUACAUUCUUUAUGUAAUAAAGGGCCCUAGCUGGGACACCAGUCUCUCUGGACAGCACGGGGUGACUGUUCACAACCUCCUCAGUGAGCUGUAUGCGAAAGCCGGCUUGAACCAAGAGUGGGGUUUGAUUCGCUACAUCUCGGGUCUGCUCAGGAAGAAAGUGGAGGUCCUGGCAGAGGCCUGUGCGGACCUGCUGUCACACCAGAAGCAGCUCACGGUGGGCCUGCCCCCCGAGCCCCGGGAGAAGACCAUCUCUGCGCCCCUCCCCCCGGAGGAGCUCACAAAACUCAUCUAUGAAGCCAGUGGGCAGGACAUCAGUAUCGCUGUCCUCACACAGGAGAUUGUGGUUUACCUGGCCAUGUACGUCAGGGCCCAGCCCAGCCUCUUGGCGGAGAUGCUUCGACUCCGAAUUGGACUGAUCAUUCAGGUGAUGGCCACGGAGCUGGCACGGAGCCUGAACUGCUCAGGAGAAGAAGCUUCUGAAAGUUUGAUGAACCUCAGCCCUUUCGAUAUGAAAAAUCUCCUGCACCAUAUUCUCAGUGGAAAAGAGUUUGGCGUUGAAAGAAGCAUGCGACCUAUCCACUCCACCACAUCCAGCCCUGCCAUCUCCAUCCACGAGGUAGGACACACUGGAGUCACCAAAACGGAGAGGAGCGGCAUUAACAGGCUGAGGAGCGAGAUGAAACAGAUGACUAGGCGAUUUAGUGCUGAUGAACAGUUCUUUUCUGUGGGCCAGGCCGUGUCAAGCAGCGCACAUUCCUCCAAGUCUGUGCGGUCCAGCACCCCGUCCUCGCCCACAGGCACAUCGUCGUCGGACUCAGGAGGGCAUCACAUCGGCUGGGGGGAGCGGCAGGGCCAGUGGCUGCGCAGGAGGCGGCUGGAUGGGGCCAUUAAUAGGGUCCCUGUGGGAUUCUACCAGAAGGUGUGGAAGAUCCUCCAGAAGUGCCACGGUCUCUCCAUUGAUGGUUAUGUCCUCCCUUCCUCAGCGACGCGAGAGAUGACCCCGCAUGAAAUCAAGUUCGCUGUCCACGUGGAGUCAGUGCUGAACCGCGUGCCCCAGCCCGAGUACCGGCAGUUGCUGGUGGAAGCGAUCCUGGUGCUGACGCUGCUGUCCGACACGGAAAUGAGCAGCCUCGGGGGCAUCAUCCACGUGGACCAGAUUGUGAGGACGGCCAAUCAGCUGUUCCUGCAGGACCAGAUGGCCAUUGGCACCCUGGACACCUUGGAGAAAGACCAAGCCACGGGGGUUUGCCACUUCUUUUACGACAGUGCACCCAGUGGGGCCUACGGGACGAUGACCUACCUAACAAAAGCAGUAGCCUCGCAUUUGCAGGAGUUGCUGCCCAACUCCGGCUGCCAGAUGCAGUAGGCUCUCGCUGUAAGCAGGACUGUGCUCUGAAUCCAUCACUUGUCCCCUAGCCUCAUUGGGAACUUUCUUCUGUUCCCCAAGACCCCCUGUGUGGUUGCAGAUGCACGUCUCAUCAGAAAGAUCCGCAGGGAGGAGAUGGCAGCCCCCGACCUGAAGCCGAUGUAUGUUCCAGCCACAGACAAAGCUGAUGUGUCCUGUGCUCACCCAGGAAUGUCAUGGGAUCAUUUCCUCGGCUCAUCUCGCUGGAGCUGUGUCACAGCAUCUGGUCUCAUGGACUCUGAGGAGGAAUUGGAAAUUGGUCUCUUUCGAGUGCAGAGUGAAUUGAGAAGGCAGCUUAAACUGGCUCUCACAGAGAGAGUUCCAGAAAUAGGUUCGAUAAGCUAGUGACACAUCUUAAAAA